AUGGCAGAAUUGAAUGACUUUGAAAAGUUGGAGAAAAUUGGAGAGGGUACUUAUGGUGUUGUAUAUAAGGCAAUUGAUACAAGGCACAACAAUCGUGUUGUAGCCCUAAAGAAGAUUCGAUUGGAGUCAGAGGAUGAAGGAAUUCCCUCCACUACUAUCAGGGAGAUCUCCUUGUUGAAAGAGCUUCGUGAUGACAACAUCGUGGCAUUGUAUGAUAUCGUUCACUCAAACAGUAACAAGAUAUACUUGGUGUUUGAAUACUUGGAUAUGGAUCUCAAACGUUACAUGGAGUCAAUUCCUGAGGGGGAAGGCUUGGAUGCUGAUAUGGUUAAGAAGUUUAUGCUUCAGCUAGUUAAGGGAAUCUAUCACUGUCAUGCCCACAGGGUUCUUCACAGAGACUUAAAGCCCCAGAACCUAUUGAUCGACAAGGAGGGUAACUUGAAGGUUGCCGACUUUGGGUUGGCUCGGGCAUUUGGUGUUCCCUUGCGUGCCUACACUCAUGAAGUGGUUACUCUUUGGUACAGGGCUCCAGAGGUUCUUCUUGGCGGUAAACAAUAUUCUACAGGUGUUGAUAUGUGGUCUAUAGGCUGUAUCUUUGUAGAGAUGGCGGAGAGAAAACCGCUAUUUGCAGGAGAUUCUGAGAUCGACCAGAUAUUCAAAAUCUUCAAGGUUUUAGGUACCCCAACAGAAGAAGUGUGGCCAGAGGUUACCUAUUUGAGCGACUUCAAACCUACUUUUCCCAAGUGGAGAAAGCAGGACUUAGCAUCAGCCGUUCCUUCCUUAGACAAGAAUGGUGUUGAUCUACUUGAACAGCUGUUAAUUUACGACCCUGCAAACAGAAUCAGUGCUAAAAGAGCCUUGCUACAUCCUUACUUCCACGAAGAUGCUCAACAACAACAACAGACUACCGAUUACCGUCAGCAGUCGACGAUGCAAGUAGAUUCUUCAACCAUAUACACCUAG